AUGAAGUCUCUGGUCAUCAUGUUCUCAUGGCCUUUGCCACUGCUGCUGCUGCUGCUGGCGCCACUGACGUUGCAGGGGGACUAUUGGGAUGACAGGGAAUAUGAAAUAGACCCAAAAAUACGUGACUUCUUAAGAGAAUUUGAGAAUACAGGGCCUACCAAACCACCUACCAAAGAAAGAAUCAUAGAAAUGAUCACUGUUGGUGAACUACUUUUACCUUUAGAUUACCCUGAUUACUGUAACAUUGCACUCAAGACUAAACAGAUUCACUAUAAGGGGCGCUGCUACCCAGAACAUUACAUUGUAGGAGUGUCCUAUCAAGAGCUAACAAAAGCCUGUUAUGGUGAACGAGUGCAGUGUAGAAACGGCGUUGAAUUUUGCAGAAGAAGCAUGGAUCUAACACAGGGAGUGCGAUGUGUUUUAGACAGUGGAGAGAAGAUGACAAAUUGCACAUAUCAAAACAUCCUCAUGACCGGUUAUCCAAUUGUCACUUGUCAAUGGGACGAAGACACCCAAGAUUUUAUUCCUAACCAUAUACAUAAUAUGUCGCUACCGGAGUAG